UGCAUCAGCCGGUUUCUGUUCUCACCAUUUCUCCUUCGUUGUUUCACUUAAACUGCUGCCGAAGAGCAGUCACGUACAUGUGAGGAGGACAGUCUGCUGAGGUUUGGGUGUCCAGGAUAAGGAUGGGGCAGGGGACGUCUGUUCCAGAAGACGUAGAGCAAGCCGUGGAGGUGCUGUCGACGAUCAGCGAUGACAUCGUGCAAAAGGAUGAUACUCCUAUGUAUGCAGCACAAAUCGGCUCUGAACUCCAGAAACAGUUUGCCAUCCUGCCAGGGGGGCGAGGGAUGAAUGGAAGCCCCGUCAUCGUCUUCCCAGAAUUCCCAACUUUCAGCGAGCUAGAAGAGGAGGAGCUCCAAAAUGUCCUCAGCUACCUCACGAGUGUCCCCAGUGUGGAAGCAUCAGGAGUGGGUUUCAUCCUGGUCAUCGACAGACGGCUGGACCGAUGGGCUGCUGUCAGGGCCACCCUGCUCCGCAUCGCAGGUUCAUUUCCCGGGAACUUACACUUGGUUCUGGUGUUGCGUCCCACUACUUUGUUCCAGCGGACUCUGUCGGACUUCCUGUUCAAGUUCAACAGGGAUGAGUUCAAGAUGAAGGUGGUGAUGCUGAGUUCUGUGACUGAGCUCCAUGCGUAUAUCGAUCCAGGACAACUAACCAAAGAGUUGGGAGGCACACAGGAAUACCACCAUGACAGCUGGAUCUCACACCGCACUGCCAUUGAGGCCUUCGCCCUCAUGGUGAAGACCACGGCUCAGACCUUGCAAGCGUUUGGCACUGAGCUUGCAGAGACCGAGUUACCCAACGAUGCUGAGGCCACCACCAUCCUGCUGCAGACGCACACACUGAAAAAGGAUACGAUGAAGGAGGACCUGAGGGUGGCGCAGUCACAAGGAGGACGGCUGCUGGAUUGCAUCAACGAGCCUCUCAAGGCAGACCCCGAAUACAACAUGACGCAUGAUGAACAGGAAAACUUGGCCACUGUGCAGAGACUCCUAGGUCAGCUGGAUGAGACGGAGAUGGCAUUUGACGAUUUCUGGGAGCGCCACCGUACCAAGCUGGAGCAGUGUUUGCACCUCCGCCAUUUUGAGCAGCACUUCCGUGAAGUGCGCGCCCAACUCGAUGUGACGUCCGAGCGAUUGUCGGGCUUCUCCGAGGUCAGCGUAAGCCCCGCCCAUGCAGAGCACGUCCUCAGAGAGCUCAGCGGCCACGAGGAUAAAGCCCGAGACAUCUUAGACCUCGCCUUGUCCUUGGUCAGUGAAGGUGACAGGCUGAUAGAAAACUCCCACUACGCUGAGGACUCCAUCAGGCCAAAGUGCACCGAACUGAGAGGAGUGUGUGAGGAGAUCAGCUCCACUCUGAGGAGCAAAAAGAGCCUCCUGCUAAGAGCCAUGGAGCUCCACCACGCUCUGGAGGAGGCGUCGCACUGGUGUGAGGAAGGCAUCUUCCUGUUGGCUAACCAGCCAGUGGACCGCUGUCAGUCUCAGGACGGGGCAGAAGCAGCUCUACAAGAACUGGAGCGAUACUUGGAUACAGCAUCCCUGCACACCCUCACUGACCGCAGCGCCAUCUGCUGCCAGUACGAGGCGGUGCUCAACUCUCAGCUCAGGGACCAGAUAGAGAGAGUUUUCCAGAAGCAAAGCUCCGUCCAGGAGAUGUUCGAGAAGAGACGCGUCAGCCUGAAGAAACUCGCCGCUAAACAGACGAGACCAGUCCAGCCAGUAGCUCCAAGGCCUGAAGUCAAGUCACCGCAUUCUUCUCCCCAUCUAGAGAGAAAAGACAGGAGAUACUCUGCUGAUAAUGCCCUCUCCAAAAAGGUGGAGUCUCCUGUACACAACGGUGGCACAAGACAUGCUUCUCUAUCAGAAGAAGAAGAAAACUUGGCAGUGCUUCGCCGUCACGUGAUGAACGAGCUGCUGGAGACGGAGAGAGCUUAUGUCGAGGAGCUGCUGUGUGUGCUGGAGGGCUAUGCGGCAGAGAUGGACAACCCUGCCAUGGCUCACCUCAUCCCCAGCAACCUGCACAGCAAGAAGGACAUCCUGUUUGGGAACAUGCCAGAAAUCUACCAGUUUCACAAGAGGACAUUCCUGAAGGAACUGGAAGCAUACACUGACUGCCCAGAGCUGGUGGGCCGCUGCUUUUUAGAACGGAUGAAGGACCUGCAGAUCUACGAGGCUUACUGCCAAAAUAAACCUCGCUCCGAGAGCUUGUGGAGACAGUGCUCCGACUGUGCCUUCUUCCAGGAGUGCCAGAAGAAGCUGGAACAUAAACUUGGAUUGGACUCCUACCUCCUUAAACCCGUCCAGAGAAUCACCAAGUACCAGCUACUGCUUAAGGAGAUGUUGAAGUACAGCAAGGGCUGUGAUGGUUGUGACGACCUACAGGAAGCGCUGUCCUCCAUUCUUGGGAUUCUCAAAGCCGUUAAUGACUCCAUGCAUCUCAUUGCCAUCACAGGAUAUGAGGGUAACCUGUCAGAGCUGGGUCGUCUGCUGAUGCAGGGCUCCUUCAGCGUGUGGACCGAGCAUAAGAAAGGUCAUGCCAAAGUGAAGGACCUGGCCAGGUUUAAGCCCAUGCAGAGGCACCUGUUCCUGCACCAGAAGGCCCUGCUCUUCUGCAAGAGGAGAGAGGAGAACGGGGAGGGCUACGAGAAAGCUCCGUCUUACAGCUUCAAACACUCCCUCAGUAUGAGUGCGGUGGGCAUCACAGAGAAUGCCAAGGGAGACAACAAGAAGUUUGAGAUCUGGUGCAACUCGAGAGAAGAAGUUUUUAUAGUGCAGGCCCCGACGCCGGAGAUUAAAACGGCAUGGGUGAACGAGAUCCGCAAAGUUUUGACUCAGCAGCUCAAAGCCUGCAGAGAUGCCAGCCAGCAGAAGAGCUCAGACUCUAUGUCCCCAAGUCCCACCAGCAACAACUCUACUUCCAUCUCUCUCAGCCCUUUCCGUAGCAGCGGUCAGAAGAACCAGAAGAAGCAAGAGGAGAAGAAGACUGAGCCAGCCCCGACCUCUGACAGCAACUCGUCAUCCUCGCCGAAACACAAAGAAGAGCCGGUGACCAGUCCGACCCCUGACAGGUCCUCAGUGGCCAAAAAGCGUUUUACUUUGCAGGGCUUCAGCAAUCUCAAGAGUCCCAAAGGCUCGACUCUGAGCCCUGAGCACAGCUCCAAACGCCACCUGGUAAAGAGCGAUCCCACACCGUUUGGGUUCAAAGGCUGGAACAAGGCGUCUCUCUCAGCGGACGCCUCAGAAGAGAACGAUGGGUACUCCAGCGGCGAGGACCCCAUGAACUCUGACCCCGAGGACGAAGUAGGAAAGAAGCUGGCUCCAGGAAAGUAUACUGUGGUAGCAGACUGCGAGAAAGCGGGACCUCAGGAGCUGUCUGUUAAGAGUGGAGACAUGGUCCAGCUGAUCAGAGAAGGAGAGGAGGGACAGUGGUUCGUAAAGAACCUUCGCACCAGUAAGGAGGGCUGGGUGGCAGCAGCAAACCUCCUCAGCCUCAUCUCAGAGUCCAAGUCAUCUCAAUCACUCAGCAGCUCAGAUGGCAGCGUCUCUGGGAACCUCAGCACUUCUUCCAGCUGUAGUGAGACCUACACCAGCUUCUCCGACAUCAAACCCUGACCUGAGUCAGGUCUUCCCAGCUUUUUUUUUUUUUUUUUUGUUAAAUCACUGCACCUAAAAUCAUUUUGUACAGGUGGAAAAUGCUUAAAAAACAAAGAAGAAAAAAAGCUGGAGUUUGGUCUGACAGGAGGACAGUCACCCACGUCACAGUUUCUAAAUCCAUCUGAAAACCAAAACUUUCUCUGCAGAUCAGCCAGCGCUGGCUAAGUGCUAACUGCCCCCCUUUUUCCAGAGUAUUUAGAAGAACUGCACUGUCAUUUAAAAUUUUUUUUAUAUUCAAAGGUGUCAGCAUGUUGGUAGAAUUUAAGUAUAGAUUUUUUUUUUUUUGCCGUUCCUUCGAGCGAGAGGGAAAUAUCAGGGAUAUCUGUCAUUCCUCGGCACACAAGUCAUGUGAUGUAUCACCUCCUGCGAGGCCUUCUUUAAAGCUAAAUGUCCGCAGUCUAAUAACUGACUGAACAGGCAGUCCAGGCCUAGUGAUUAUGUAGCAUUAAUGUGGAGAGGUUAGAAAGGACAUCUGCACUAAACACGCGCCGUCUGCAGAGGGGACAGAACUGCUGGUUAGUCGAGCCCCUUCAAGUCGAUGACGACAUCGCAGCACGGCGACAGAUUCUUGUGCAGGAGGAUGUUAUGUAGACAAACACCAUCAGACCCCCGAUAACGCUGGCUUUGGUGUCAGUCGCUGAUCGCACACUGUGAAAAGUAGCAGGCGGCCGCAAGAGGAAAAAUGCUUUCAGUACAUCUGGGAGGAAAAGUGAGCAGGUUGAUUGCGUGCAGGCGUUUUGUGUUGUUGAAGCUACUAAAGAACGCUGUAUUCCUCACACAUGGAUAAUGAGCUUCCCUUAAAAGCUGUUUUUAUGAUAUUAAGAACCGCACGCAGUCACUAGGUGAAUGUCAACAACAGUACAACCUGGUGGUCAGGUGUCUUGCACUUCAUUCUAAAUGAAUCUUUUUCCUCCUAUGAGGGAUUGAGCAACCCGCCAGUGCACUGCUCUGGAUUUUUACCUCUCAGGAAGACGUUUCUGUAGGCAGACAGGUGUGACUGCAUACCUGUCUUUGUGUCCGUGUGGGUGCGCGCGCACACUCACCUGAUUGUUUGUGUUGACAACAGACAGCAGUUCGAUCAGAGUUUUUCAGACACAUGUGCAGCCUCUGCUCAAACAGCUGUCGCGGCCCAAAUCUCAGUGUUCUGAAUGUGUGUCUGUUUUUUGUGUCACCGUGCUCACCUAUCUUUGGUCUGCACCGCAGCAACAAAAGCAGGCUUUGUCCCCCUCCUCC